AUGUCCGACACACGAAGCGCGAUGAAGGAGACUGACGAUGUUGCCACUACUAUGAAAUGGCUCAAACUUGCGGACAGCGCUACUGACGGCACCAUAGUCGAGUCGGUCGAAUCAUCCGAGGAAUCUCGCGGCAGGACCGAACAGGGCGGACACAUGGCGUUCAGGCGAAGCCCUGCGCCGAGUCCUUCACCACAACGAGAGCACCAGGAGACGAAACCUAAGCGUCGCUCAAGAGUCACCUUCGAGAUCUAA